ACUCGACACAAUGGGAAGCAGCUACCACCAAUUGGAGCUCUAUACACAACCCUCUCACUGCUUCCAUCCUCGCCUGAACAGAACUCUCACACAUCCAACCUCUUUCUCCUCCUCCAAGGCAGCAAUUCUUCUUCUCUCUCUCCUCGUUGGAAAUGCUAACGGAAUUGGGUUUUUCUCUCUCUUCUUCUCGUCUCCUCUCUGCUCAUAUCCGCAGACCCUUUGUCUCUCUUUCGUCUUCAAGACUUCACUCAUCUCAACCGGCAUCUCCUCAUAACGUAUCUCUCCAAUUCUUUGGCCGCCAAUGGCUAUCGCCUCGCCGCAGGCUUUUCAUACUCUCCCCUAAAGCAACUGAUCAGCAAGGCCAGGUUAAAGAAGAUGAAGCUGUUGACAGUAAAAUCUUGCCAUAUUGUAACAUAGACAAGAAAGGGAAGAAGACAUUGGGGGAGCUUGAACAAGAGUUUCUUCAAGCGUUACAAGCAUUCUAUUAUGAAGGAAAGGCUAUUAUGUCAAAUGAAGAAUUUGACAAUCUGAAGGAAGAACUAAUGUGGGAAGGAAGCAGUGUUGUUAUGCUAAGUUCUGAUGAACAGAAGUUUUUGGAAGCUUCAAUGGCUUAUGUUGCUGGGAAACCCAUAUUGACAGAUGAGGAGUAUGACCAAUUGAAGAUAAGACUUAAGACGGAAGGGAGCGAAAUUGUAGUUGAAGGCCCACGGUGCAGCCUUCGUAGUAGAAAGGUAUACAGUGACUUGACUGUUGACUAUUUCAAAAUGUUCCUGUUGAAUGUUCCAGCCGCUGUAAUUGCACUGACGUUGUUUUUCUUCUUGGAUGAUUUGACUGGAUUUGAGAUCACAUAUCUAUUGGAGCUUCCAGAGCCAUUCAGUUUCAUUUUCACAUGGUUUGCUGCCUUGCCCCUCAUACUUUGGAUUGCUCAAUCAAUCACAAACGCAAUUGUGAAAGACUUUUCAAUUUUAAAGGGCCCAUGUCCUAACUGUGGAACAGAAAAUGUCUCCUUCUUUGGGACUAUUCUAUCAGUGUCUAGUGGUGGUUCCACCAAUAACAUUAAAUGUUCAAAUUGUGGCACUGAGUUGAUAUAUGAUUCUGGAACACGCUUGAUUACUUUACCGGAGCCAAGUGAAGCUUGAGUGGAGCCAACACCCAACAAGACUGACACCAUGGAUGCUUAUUCAUGCAAUAAUAUGAACAAAGGGAUGUGGAGCUUUCUGCUAAUACAACUCAAGUGCUGAAAUCACCUUGCACGUAUUUGAGAUCAGCAUCUUCUGUGCAACUGAAGAGUAAGGAGAGUCAAGAUUAGGCCCAUGUCAACAUGUAAGUCUGUCCAUAUGUAUGUUAAAGUUGUUGAUAUGUAUAUUUGGUACCAGCUUAUUUGCUGCUAAGAAGUAUGUAUACUCGUAGUAGAAGAAUCAUCCAUAGAAUCAAGCUGUAUGUAUUGC